GUGUGUGAGGAACGGUCGGAGGAGCGUGGUGUGAGUGAGUUACUAACUUUUUCACACGUUUUUCUACUAACAUAUUUAUUGUUUAAUGUUGUAAGUUGUGUGUAUUGUGUAUAUGGUUUAAACGUUUGAUUGUUGGUGUUUUCUCGUGGUUUGGGUGUGUGUGGUGUGUGUGUCUGUGUGUGUGACGCAGUUGCGGCAUGGAUUAUGCCAGGCUGAGUCGCAAACAUGGUUUUAAAAUUUCUCCGAUGACACCGUGUUCGGUGGAGGAGUGCAGCCUGGCUGUGGGGGCAUUAGUGGGGCACGGCAGCAUCAGAUCUGCGGCUCGGAUGAACGGCGGGGUGGUGAUAUUUGUGGACACGGAAGGGAAAGCGAACAAAGUGGUGGAGACCGGGAUCGUUGUGAAUGAAACUUUCAUUUCCGUGUCUCCACUAACCACCCCUGCUACAAGGGUUAUGAUUUCGAAUAUCCCGCCGUUCAUACGGGAUGACUUCCUGGUGAGAGAGCUGUCUAAAUACGGCAAGAUAGUGUCCUCCAUUAGGAAGCUGUCCUGGGGCUGCAGAUCUCCACUACUAAAGCACGUUGUGUCUCACAGGAGAAGUGUCCUCAUGAUCCUCAAUAAGAGAGACGAGGAACUUAAUCUGGUGUUAAGUUUAAAGUUGGAUGAUUUUAAUUAUGUAAUGUUUGUAAACUCGGGGCCUGUCAAGUGCUUCGAAUGCGGGGAGGAGGGGCACCUGGCCAGAGCAUGUCCGGAAAAAAAUAAAAAGCAGGCGGAGGAGGAAAAAAAUAGAAAACAGGAGGAGGAGGAAAAAAAUAGAAAACAGGAAAAAAAUAGAAAACAGGAGGAGGAGGAAAAAAACAGAAAACAAAUCCAAAAGAGACUCCUGCUGAAACAGCAGCAGCAGGAAACCCCACUGGGGCCCCCGAGGCAGGGUGAGAGUCCCUCAAAGCAAGAUGAGAGUCCCUCAAAGCAAGCUGAGAGUCCCCCAAAGUCCCCAACGAAGAUUGAGGGUCCCUCAAAGACUCCAAAGAAGGCUGAGGGUCCCCCAAAGCCCCCAACAAAGGUUGAGGGUCCCCCAAAGCCCCCAACGAAGGCUGAGGGUUCAGAGCUCCCUGAGCAGGAAAAGGAAAACUCUGGGGAAAAAAAGAGUAAUGAGAAAAAGAAUGAAAAAAGUGACCUUUUGGUUGAUGUGGGGAAAAAGGUUGUCCUGAAAGAAGCAGUGGAGACGGUGGAACUCUCUGCAUCCGCUGCAAGCGAAGAGAACAUUGAAGCUCAAGCUUGUACAAAUAAAAGAAAACAAAAAGAGAAAGUCUCUCAGGCCAAGAGGGUGGCAGUGAGUGAGGAGGGAGAGAGAGAGGAGGAAAUGGUGGAGGAGGUGAAGGAGGCAGAGGAGGAAGAAAGUGAGGAAGAAUUGAUGGAGGAGGAUGAAGAAGAUGAAGAUGAGGAGGAAGGGGACUCUGCUGAGGACAGCCAGCCUCUCACCGUCUCACAAAUUAAAAGUCCGUUUUUUAAAGUGCAGCAAAUCAAAGCUUUUCUUAAAGAAACAAAAAACAAAAGAGGAGUAAAAAUAGAAGAGUUUUUUACUGACAAAAGCUUGUUUUUACAGUCAGUGAAAGCUCAGAUGCAUCUUUUUACUGAGCAGGAGUCUUAUCGCUUGAAGGUCCUGAAAGGGAAGUUACAGCGAGAGAUUUUAAAUGAAGAAGAAAAGGUCAUGCACGGCAGUUAGGAUGCUGGUUUUAACAUACUUGUUGUUCUUAAGUGGUGUGUCUCUCCUCACAUCCUUUUUAAUGAGUGAUUUUAAAGUGUGCACUUUAAAUGUCAAUGGAGCUAGGGAUGUGGGGAAGAGGGCUUGCAUUUAUGAGCUUUUCAAAUUAAAAAAAGUAAAUGUAGCAAUGCUACAGGAAACGCACAGCGACACUUUAAACGGGACGGACUGGAGGAGGGAGUGGGAUGGGGAGGUGGUUUUAAGUGCUCUUAGCAGCACCAGUGCAGGAGUGGCAGUGCUGUUUGCUAAAGGUUUUAUCCCCAAGUCCCACAAAGUGGAAGAAAGAAUAAAGGGCAGACUGCUGGUGGUGAGAGCCAAGUAUGAGCUUUUUAAUCUGGUUUUUAUCAACGUAUACGCUCCUAAUUCAGGUCCUGCAAGAGUUCAGUUUUUAAACGAGCUCAGCGCUGUUUUAAGUGAGUGUGAACCAGAAGAGUUUUUAUUUUUAGGGGGAGAUUUUAACUGCACACAGGAUGACGAGCUAGAUAGGAACCAUAGGGAACCUCAUGCCGCAUCCAAAAGAGCCAUGACACAGUUAAUAGCAACACAUAGUCUAU